AUGGACGAAGACAGCAUUCCGCGGAACGAUUAUUCACUUCCUGGCUGGGGAACAGGUCCUGAGGGGGUUGUUAUCUAUGUCCAAAUCCGCAACACCCAAUUGAACAUCUACGUCAAUACUGAGGACUUUUAUCGCUCGCCACAAGCUUUGGAGAAGCUCGUUUCUAGCAAGGCGAAGUUCCUUUCUGACUCCUCGGACGAUAUCGCUGAUGCUUUCGACUACUGCGAAGAAAUUGCCUCGUAUUUUUUACCGGCGCUUCGAAAGCUCGUACCUCGGCAGGGACAUGUUGGCAGAAUUACUCUUGCUGAUAUUGCUCUCCACCACUCUUACCAAACUCGUGCCACCUUCCACGAUGAGGAGCUGGUUCCAACUUUGAUCACUCAAGAAGAUCCCGAGGAGGACGAAGAAGACAAAUGCCACUUCGAUGCUACCCCCGCCGACCUACCUUUCCCCCGGUUCCUCAUGUCAGAUGUGGAGGUCUUGUACGAAGACCCCACCGCCAUCUUUGAUGUUCCCGCCACCAAGGUAAUGGUCCGUAGCCAACAGCUAUUUUGGAAGCCUUCUUGGAUGUCAAAUGAAUCGCUGGCUGGCCUGGAAAAAUACUCUAAGAUUCAUGCUUCAGGGGUGCCUGCGCAUGAAUUGCGCACUUCCCGGCUGUACGGAAUUGUGGUCAACGGCAAAGAUGUCCUACGAGGCCAGCUCUACUAUUGGAUCGACAUUGGCCACCAUCUUACAUGGCAUGUCCUUGAAAGGGCUAGUAGCGAGACUCGGGCAAAGUGGGUGUCACGAAUCCGAGCGACAGUCUCGUCUUUGCAUGCUAUGGGUGUUGUUUGGGGGGAUGUGAUAGCUGGGAACGUCAUUAUCGACACAGACGGGAAUGCGAUUGCGAUUGACUUCGAAGGAGGGGCGACAAAAGGGUGGGUUGACAAGGAACAUAUGGGCACUAUAAAAGGUGACUUACAAGGUCUAGAGACUCUAGUGGAUUAUAUCCUCAACGAUAACUGUCCACUGCGAGUUAGAGACAAAGAGUUGGACCGCGAGUAG